CAGCGGAAGUGACGUCACACAAGGAAGCCGCUCCUACCGGGAGGAAGAGAAAGAUGUCGGCGGCUGCUGAGGACAGGGGGGAUGAGGGAGGCACGGGGUGCAGCGGCUCCUCCUGCUGCCAGAGACCCCGCUCAGCGUCUCCUUCCUCGGAUCAGCUGCACCAGAGCAACACCCUCCUCGGCCUGCCCAUCGUCGCCAUUGAGAACAUCCUGAACUUCAUGAACUACGAUGAGAUCAGCCAACUCCGGCUGGUUUGCAAGCGCAUGGAUCUGGUGUGUCAACGUAUGCUUAAUCAAGGCUUCCUGCGAGUGGAAAGAUACCACAACUUGUGUCAGAAGCAGGUCAAAUCACAACUGCCAAGGCGGGAAUCUGAACGGCGGAACCACUCGUUGGCGCGACACGCCGAUAUUCUAGCUGCAGUGGAGACCAGGCUUUCCCUACUAAACAUGACAUUUAUGAAAUAUGUUGACUCCAACUUAUGCUGCUUCAUCCCAGGAAAGGUUAUAGAUGAAAUAUACAGAGUGCUCAGAUAUGUCAAUUCUACAAGAGCUCCUCAGCGUGCCCAUGAGGUCUUACAGGAAUUACGGGACAUUUCGUCUAUGGCAAUGGAAUAUUUUGAUGAGAAAAUUGUUCCAAUCCUGAAAAAGAAGUUGCCGGGAUCUGAUGUGUCGGGACGUCUCAUUGGGUCUUCUCCAGUUCCAGGUCCAUCUACUGCCCUGAGUACAAUGCAGCUGUUCUCUAAGCAAAACCCUUCGAGGCAGGAGGUGACGAAACUUCAGCAGCAGGUGAAAACCAAUGGAGCGGGCAUGACUGUCCUGAGACGGGAGAUGUCAGAGUUGCGUACCAAGGUGCAAGAGCAGCAGAAACAGCUUCAAGACCAGGACCAGAAACUUCUUGAACAGACCCAAAUUAUAGGCGAACAGAAUGUACGCCUGACUGAGCUAGAGCAUAAAUUGCGUGAAGUCAUGGAGAGUGCUGUAGGCUCCUCCGGAGCAGGCCAAAGGGAUGACUCCUUGCGCAAGCGGAAGAAAGUAGUGGAGGUUGUGGACUGUCCUAGGAAAUCAAAACGCCUACGAAGCAGAAAGUAAACCUUUUAGAAACUGCUUAGUAGCCAGAGUGGUGUUUGGCAUGACCUUUGUUGAGAGCACCAGUGAAGAGGUCAAGGUGCUCCCGAAAAAGCUCUGGUAUUCACCUCCCUGCCCAGUUCUAAACUGCCCCAUAAAAUGGGCUCCUGGCAGGUUCCUCUGUUUGCCAGUUUAAUUUUGAAGCCAUUGGGAGGUAGGUUAAGCAGUAGCAGCUCUGUACAUGAAGACUGUAUUUGUGAGAAGACUGCACACUCCUUAAACAUUAGUUUGAUACUGCUACCACAACAUGGUUUAUAUAAAUAUAUAUAUAUAUUUAAAAAGUUUGGAGAAAAUGUUAAUAGGCAUGCAAAGUCCAAAUGUUUCACCCAUUAGGUCAGUUACUAUAUUUAAUAAAUCCAGUUUAAGAUAUGCUCUCCCAGAAUAUUUAACCAUUUUAGUGGCACCAGCUCUCAAACCUGGGGGCAGUGUUAAUCCUGCUUUGAAGCUGCUUCUAUUUAAGACGAUCUAAACACUACUGUUUCUGUUAAUCAGGUUCCCAACAAGCCAAAUAAACGUAGCGUCUGGUCACAGACCUUUAUGGAAUUCAAAGCUUGGCAAACACAGGUUUGAGUAUUUGAAAUUGUUAAGAACCAGAAAGAGAUUAGGUAUUUAAAGGAUGCUUGGGCUCACCCUUCAUUAUCUUUCUUGCGUGCAAGUCUGGGAUUAAUGAGUGCUCAACUCAGGCACACUUUGAUAAACAUAAUGCCAAGUGA